AUGACCGUGUGCUUGGAGGAAGCUGCGGCCAAGACUGCGCUUUACGUUCAUCCUUCAUAUGGGAUCCUAUUCUCUGCCUCUGCCUUGAACGAGGUGGAAAAGCCCAGAGGCAGAAGGUGGGGUCAGGAGCAAAGCUCACAAGGGAUCCACAAGAGAGCAGUUCGGGGAGAGGGGAAAGCCUGGUUUCAGACUCCAAAGUUCAACACGGACAGCAGACUGAGGGGACUGAACCAGACCAGGAUCCCGGCUGUGGUGAGCAAUGGGGAACCCAUGGGAGCCGGGGUACGGCGUUCCAGCUGGAAGCGGAAGAGCUCUCGCCGAGUUGACCGUUUCACUUUCCCCAUCCUGGAGGAAGAUGUGAUUUAUGAUGACGUGCCCUGCGAGAAUCUGGACUCUCACCAGCACGGGUCGGAGAGGAGCCUGAUUUAUGAGAAUGUCCAUCGAGAAGGAGGUCCGAGGGAGUCAGAAGACCUAGGCUGGAGCUCCAGUGAGUUCGAGAGCUACAGCGAAGACUCUGGGGAGGAAGAAGUUAAACCAGAAGUGGAGCCCACCAAGCACAGGGUGUCUUUCCAGCCCAAGCUUUCUCCAGAUCUGUCUAGGCUAAAGGAGAGAUACGCCAGGACUAAGAGGGACAUCUUGGCUUUAAGAGUUGGGGGGAGAGACAUGCAGGACCUGAAGCAGAAAUACGAUUGUAAGGUAUUGUCCCCUUCCCCAUCCAUCCUUAGCCCUUUGCUGGUCUUUGGACAUUUAAUCGUAGCUGACAUUUUUAUAAUAUUUUAUAGUUGCCAACUGUUUUAUAAAUUCUAUCCCAGUUUUAUCUGCACGGCAACCCCUGAGAGGGUAACUGACAUUAUUCCCAAUUUGUGGAACAGCUCCUUAAUCUUGGGACAUCCCUUAGGACUAUUUGAGUCCUGGUCCUAUUGCCAGCUAGGGGAGAGGGCUGAGGCAUCCUUGAGUUCCUGGGUCUGGAGAUUCAGUUUCUGGCUUGUUUUUCCAGGUGACUCAGAGGAAGAAGACAUGGGCUUCCUAGAAGUCACCGUUUCGGACAUCAAGCACCCUGCUCCGGAACUGGGCCCCAUGCCUGAUGGCCUUUCCCCUCAACAGGUGGUGAGACGUCACAUCUUACGGUCCAUUGUACAGAGUGAAGGGAGUUAUGUAGAGUCUCUGAAACGGAUCAUUCAGGAUUACCGGAACCCUCUGAUGGAGAUGGAGCCCAAGGUGCUGAGUGUCCGCAAAUGCCAAGUGGUCUUCUUUCGCCUUAAGGAAAUUCUGCAGUGCCACUCCAUGUUUCAGAUCGCCCUGUCGUCCCGUGUGGCUGAGUGGGACACAACGGAGAAAAUUGGUGACCUUUUUGUGGCUUCGUUCUCUAAAUCCAUGGUCUUGGAUGUGUACAGUGAUUAUGUCAACAACUUCACCACUGCCAUGUCCAUCAUUAAGAAGGCCUGUCUCACCAAGCCAGCCUUCCUGGAGUUUCUCAAGAGGCGGCAGGUGAGCAGCUCAGAUCGCGUCACACUCUAUGGGCUCAUGGUGAAGCCCAUCCAGCGGUUUCCUCAGUUUAUCCUUCUGCUUCAGGACAUGCUGAAGAACACCUCCAAAGGCCACCCGGACAGGUUGUCUCUCCAGUUGGCCCUCACAGAGUUGGAGACACUGGCUGAGAAACUGAAUGAGCAGAAGCGGCUGGCUGACCAGAUGGCUGAGAUCCAGCAGCUGACCAAGAGUGUGAGUGACCGCAGCAGCCUCAACAAGCUGCUGACGUCGGGCCAGCGGCAGCUGCUCCUGUGUGAGACCCUGACAGAGACGGUGUAUGGCGACCGGGGACAGCUCAUCAAAUCCAAGGAGCGCAAGGUUUUCCUGCUCAAUGACAUGCUGGUGUGUGCCAACAUCAACUUCAAGCCUGUCAACCUCAGGGGGCAGCUCGAGAUCAGCAGCCUGGUCCCUCUGGGCCCUAAGUACGUAGUGAAGUGGAAUACGGCCCUGCCCCAGGUACAAGUGGUGGAAGUGGGCCAGGAGGGCGGCACCUAUGACAAGGACAAUGUCGUCAUUCAGAAUGCUGGGGCCAAGAAGUCUUCUCCGGCCAGCCAGUCCCACAACAAAGUGUACCUUGGUCCCCCUCGCCUCUUCCAAGAGCUACAGGAUUUGCAGAAGGACCUGGCUGUGGUUGAGCAGAUCACCCUGCUUAUCAGCACCCUCCAUGGCACCUAUCAGAACUUGAACAUGACGGUAGCUCAGGAUUGGUGUCUGGCACUACAAAGGCUGAUGCGGGUGAAGGAAGAGGAAAUCCACUCUGCUAAUAAGUGUCGUCUCCGUCUCCUGCUCCCUGGAAAGCCAGAUAAGUCUGGCCGGCCCAUCAGCUUCAUGGUGGUUUUUAUCACACCCAACCCUCUGAGCAAGAUCUCCUGGGUGAACAGACUACACUUGGCCAAAAUUGGGCUCCGGGAAGAGAACCAACCUGGAUGGUUAAGCCCUGAUGAUGACAAGAAGAACAAAGCCCCCUUCUGGUGCCCAAUCUUGGCCUGCUGCAUCCCUGCCUUCUCCUCUCGUACCCUCAGCCUUCAGCUCAGGUCCCUGAUCCACAGUCCAGUCCAGUCUCCUCUGCUAGGCUUCUCGGCAGUCAGCACAUCCCUCCCUCAGGGCUACCUCUGGGUUGCUGGUGGCCAGGAUGGUGUUGGUGGCCAGGUAGAGAUCUUCUCUCUGAAUCGGCCCACGCCUAGAAUGGUCAAGUCCUUCCCUGUGGCCUCACCAGUGCUCUGCAUGGAAUACAUUCCAGAGAAGAAUGAGGAGGAUGAGGAACAAGAAUCAGGCCGGGUAGCCACCGACUCCUCAUCUGCGGUACAUCCGACCAUCUGCCUUGGGCUUCAGGAUGGAAGCAUCCUAGUGUAUGGCAGCGUGGACACAGGUACUCAGUGCUUGGUCACAUGUAAGAGCCCAGGGUUGCAGCCUGUCCUGUGCCUCUGCUACAGCCCCCACUACCUCUUUGCUGGCCUGCAGGAUGGGACCGUCGCUGCCUACCCCCAGAGCAGUGGAGGCCUAUGGGAGAUGGAGAGCCCGCCAACCUGCUUGACUGUGGGUCCGGGACCCAUCCGUACUCUACUGAGCCUGGAGGAUGCUGUGUGGGCCAGUUGUGGGCACCAGGUCACUGUGCUGGAUGUUGCCACCUUGCAGACUCAGCAAAGCUUUGAGGCACACCAGGAUGAGGCGGCUAGUGUGACGCACAUGGUGAAGGCAGGCAGCGGCGUGUGGAUGGCCUUUUCCUUGGGUGCCUCCAUUCGCCUCUUCCACACAGAGACUCUUGAGCACCUCCAGGAGAUCAACAUUGCCACCCGGACCACCUUCCUCAUGCCAGGCCAGAAGCACGUCUGUGUGACCAGCUUGCUCAUCUGCCAAGGCCAGCUCUGGGUGGGCACUGACCAGGGCAUCAUUGUUUUGUUGCCUGUUCCCCGACUGGAGGGGAUCCCCAAGAUCACAGGCAAGGGCAUGGUCUCACUCAAUGGUCACUGCGGGCCAGUGGACUUCCUGGCUGUGGCGACCAGCACUCUGGCUCCAGAUAUCCUACGGAGCGACCAGGAUGAGGCAGAGGAGGAGAAGAGUGACGGUCCUGCCCACGAGCCUCCGCCUGCCCCUGAUAGCCACCCAACCCGAGAGCUGAUCCAUAAAAAGGGAAUUCUCCUCCAGUACCGUCUGCGCUCCACAGCCCACCUGCCAGGACCCCUGCUCUCGGUACGUGACCCCCCGGAUCCUGAUGGGACUGCCCUGGCCCACAGUGAAGAAGACGGCUCUAUAUAUGAGAUGGCAGAUGACCCCGACGUGUGGGUCCGCAGCCGACCCUGUGCCCGGGAUGCUCACCGUAAGGAAAUCUCUUCAGUGGCCAUCAUCUCUGGAGGACAGGGCUACCGCAACUUUGGGGGUGGAGGGCCAGCUCUGGGCAGCGAAACAGACAGCACUCUGCUCAUCUGGCAGGUUCCCUUGACGAUCUAGCCCACUCCUCCCCUUACCAACUCCACUCACGCCUGCUCGUCUCCCACAGUGCCUCUGGGACUGGCAUCCUGCCUCCCUGGCUUCUCUGGACCUUUAUUUCCACAGUGCCCCUUCCUCUGUUUACUGUCAGACUGGAGUCAAACCAGAAUGGAAAGGAAGUCACUUCUUCAUGUGCCAGCUGCUUCGUAGGGUAAAUAGGUCUUGAGGAGCUCUCUUGGCAGAAGGGGGAGAAGACUUUUUUUAAAACAAAAAACUUUCAAAGGGUGUUUUAUUUUAUUUUAUUUUUGGUUUGGGGUUCUUGGUAUGGGAGGGAACCUUUGGAGAAAAUGUUCUUUUAAAAUAAAUAUAUAUGUGUUUUAUAUAUAUGUGUAUAUAUAUGUAUACAUACAUAUAUAUACAUAUAUAAACAUCACAACUGCCAAUUGAAAUACUGUCCUUACGGGUUCAAGGGCAGGUUUGGAUUUUAUAAAACUCCCCUCUCUAAAGAUGAGUGCUUGUGCAGGUGUGCGCAUGUGUGUGUUUGGUGUGUGUGUGUGUGUGUCUGUGUGUGUGUGUCUGUGUGUGUGUGAGAGAGAGAGAGAGAGAGAGAGAGAGAGAGAGAGAGAGAGAGAGAGAGAGAGAGAGAGAGAGAGAGAGAGAGAGGUGUGUGCCUAUGUAUAAAUAAUUAAGUAUGUAUAGUGUAUAUUAUUUAUGUAUAAAUAAAGUCUGUAUAUAUUGGUGCAUCGGGAGAGAAAAUAAUAAAGACAUGGCCGAUGUCUGUA